UUCCUCUUCCUCUUCUUCCUCUUCGUCAUCCUCCUCUUCUUCUUCUUCAUCAGCAUUGUCUAUGCCUUGAUGAAUCGCAUGGGAGUGUGAAAGCGCCACAUCAUUUAAUCUUGGUCUUCCAUUAAGGAUCUGGUACGAAGUUUGAACUAUUUCAGAACUGGGUGGUUGUGAGAAGUACUGCAAUCUGUUCAUUCUUAUAUCGUUUGCAUUUGAAGUGUCUUCGUGGUUACGAUCUUGCUCUUCUUCGGCUUCUACUUCCAGCUCUUCUUCUUCUUCCUCUUCCUCCUCUUCUACUGAUUCCUCUUCUUCCUCCUCUUCUGCUUCUUCUUCGCUUGCUUCCUCUUCGACUUCAUGCUCUACCUCGUCAUCCACAUUAUGUUCGCCGUAUCCUUGAUAGGCAUUGUGUAUCGGAUGUAAAGAGUUGGUUAUAAUGCUAGGUCUUUUAAAAGGUCUAGAAUCAACACUCUGAGGGUACUGAAGUCCAAUAUAUCCAUGGUCUUGACUGAAUUCAUGAGAAGUGUGGGCUGCACCAGAUUCUUCCUCCUCUUCCGACGAAAGUAUCUCCACCACAUCGUCUUCUGGAGCUAUUUGGUUGGAAUAAGUUUGAGCAUAAGGUACAUAAGGAUUGGUAUCUUCACUAUCGUUUUCAUCCUCUUCAUCUUCGUCUUGGUCUUCUUGUUCUUCCUCUUCAUUCGUGUCUUCUUCUCCUAACAGUUCGGAUUCAUACUGUUGAUUGAGAUCAUCGUCGUGACAAUGUAACUCAGUGAAUACUUCAUGUUCUGGAUGUAUUUCACUUUGCUGGUUUGCGAAUCCUGUAAACGUAUAAUCCUGUCUCUCUUCUUGGUCAUCUUCUUCCUCUUCUUCUUCUUCUUCCUCUUCCUCUUCACCUUCCUCUUC